CGAAAAAUGUUCGACAAACUCAAUAAUAUUAGAAUUAAAUAAUUUAGUAAAUUAUUUCACUGUUCUUAAACAUACAUUUUUAACAUAAAACGAAUAAAUUUAAUAAUUUAGUUUCUUUUUGUUUUGAAAGUUUUCAAAAUAUUUAAUUAAACUUGUGCAUUUAUAUUAUUAAGUAUCGAAAAAUGGGUGGACUAUUUAGUUAUUUUCGAGGAUUAUUAGGAUCACGAGAAAUGAGAAUUUUAAUAUUGGGUUUGGAUGGUGCCGGCAAAACCACAAUAUUGUAUAGACUUCAAGUAGGAGAAGUUGUAACAACAAUUCCAACUAUUGGUUUUAAUGUUGAAUCAGUUACAUAUAAAAAUUUAAAAUUUCAAGUAUGGGAUUUAGGAGGCCAAACCAGUAUUAGACCAUAUUGGCGAUGUUAUUACAGUAAUACAGAUGCAAUAAUUUAUGUUGUUGACUCAGCUGAUAGAGAUCGUAUAGGAAUUUCAAAAGAUGAAUUAUUAUAUAUGCUAAGAGAAGAGGAACUAGCUGACGCUAUUUUAGUUGUAAUGGCAAAUAAACAAGAUACAGAAGGUUGUAUGUCUGUUGCUGAAGUUCAUUCUGCAUUGGGUUUAGAAAAUUUAAGGUAUCGUACCUUUCAAAUAUUCAAAACAUCUGCGACGAAGGGCGAAGGCUUAGAUCAAGCUAUGGAAUGGUUAUCAAAUGCUUUACAAACUAGAAAGUAGUCCCUGAAUAUUUUUUAUAAUUUAAUGUUAAAAACAACCAAAAUAUUAUUCAUAAAACAGUAACGAUGAUUUUAUAUUGCGAUGAAAAUCAGAAAAUGUGUAAAUUUAUUUAAUUUAUUUUUAAUUAUAUAUUUUUUUAUUUGUUUUCUUUUUUUUGUUUUUUUGUUACUGAAAAAUAAAUAAUUUGUAAUAAUAAAAAUUAUGAAUACCCAUUCAUUACAUUGAAAAUUGUGUCUUCAAAAGUUUAAAUUUGUACGAUACCUACCCGGUAUUUUUAAAUAUAGUUAAUGUGGGUGUAAAAUUUACAUUUUAAUUGAAAUCUUAAAAUUAAAGUUUUAUAAGAUUUAUUUUAAGAAAUUCAUAACAUGCUUUUCAAUACAUUCAUAAAAAAAAAUUAAUUUAUAGUUAUAUUCUAGAUAAAAUUAAGAUUUAUUUCAACAAUUGAAACAAAAAUGUAUAUUAUUAAGAAUUGUAAAUGAAGUGUUCGCCAAUAAUAAUUUUAUUAUC